GCCCCUCCGCGUUGUCUAUUUAUAAUAAUGCAACAGCAGCUAUUUGACAGUUACUGUAGGAACAGAUGCAGCAGCACCAACACAGCUCUAACUACAGCUUCACCUCAAUGGACGCAACUUCAUCCAUUACUCAGACAUAACCUGCAUUUCAAUUUUCAUUUCAGCCUUCACUGUAGGCUACAUACCUCCAACCGCUGCCUCUGCUCUUUAAUAUUAACCUGACAUUUAAAAAGACAAUGACAGAAGGAAACAACAUGCCAGAAGGUGACACAGCGGGUAAGGUUGAGGUGCCCGCCGCCGUGCCCGCAGAGGAGAAGCGGCCGCAGGAGGAGGAGGAUGGGGAGGAGAAGAAGGAGAACGGGGACAGCAAAGUGACCGUCCCGGAACAAACCGCUGCUCCGGGGGCAGAGGAGGUCGAGUUUGUGCACCCCGAGGGCGGCUGGGGAUGGGUGGUUAUGCUGGCUGCGAUGUGGUGUAACGGCUCGGUGUUCGGUAUCCAGAACGCCUUCGGUAUACUCUUCCUCUCUCUCAUCCGAGAGUUCGGCUCCGAGACCGAUGAAGACCUCCGCUUCAAGACAUCGUGGGUGGGCUCCCUCUCCAUGGGGAUGAUCUUCUUCUGCUCUCCCAUCGUCAGCGUCUUCACCGACGUCCUCGGCUGCAGAAUUACUGCAGUGGGCGGUGCUGCUGUCGGCCUGGUCGGCCUCCUGGCCAGCUCCUUUGUCAAGUCCCUGGGGCCCAUGUACUUCACCUAUGGCAUUGUGUUCGCCUGCGGCUGCUCUUUCGCCUACCAGCCCAGCCUGGUCAUCCUCGGUCACUACUUCAAGAAGCGCCUGGGCCUGGUGAAUGGCAUUGUGACCGCCGGCAGCAGCAUCUUCACCAUCACCCUGCCCUUCGUGCUGUCGGGCCUCCUGGAGAAAGUGGGCCUCCAGAACACCAUGCGCGUCCUCUGCAUCCUUAUGUUUGUGCUGAUGCUGGCCGGCUUCACAUACAAGCCCCUGCUGCCGGUAAAACCCUCAAACACCCGCACAGGCAGCCGGUGCCCACCCUUGAGCCAGAUCUUCAACAUCAAUAUCUGGAAGUCUUUGGGAUAUCGCAUUUGGGCAUUUGGUAUCCCCGCAGCCCUCUAUGGCUACUUUGUGCCUUAUGUUCACCUGAUGAAGCAUGUGGAGGAGCGUUUUGGAGUUGAUGCCAAUAAAGAAGUUCUGCUCAUGUGUAUCGGCAUCACAUCCUGUGUGGGCCGUCUCAUCUUUGGCAGGGUGGCAGACUAUGUCAAUGGAGUCAACAAAGUCUACCUGCAGGUGACUUCUUUCUUCGUCAUCGGCCUCAUGUCCAUGAUGAUCCCUCUGUGCCACGUCUUUGGCGGGCUGAUCGCCGUAUGCCUGCUGAUGGGGCUGUUCGACGGCUGCUUCAUCUGCAUCAUGGCCCCCAUUGCCUUUGAGCUCGUUGGGGCAGAUGAUGUGUCCCAGGCUAUCGGCUUCCUGCUGGGCCUGAUGUCCGUGCCCAUGACUGUGGGACCCCCCAUCGCAGGCUUCCUGAGGGACAGACUGGGCAGCUACGAUGUAGCCUUCUACCUGGCAGGCAUUCCACCGAUCAUCGGAGGAGCUGUGCUGUGUCUGAUACCGUGGGUGGAGGCCAGGCGCAAGAGGAGGGAGAAAGAGGCGGCCCUGAACCGAGACCAGGAAGUCAGCCAGAAGAUGAUAGAGCAUGAGAAGGCUCAGGAAGACGCACAACGCAAAAUUGGAGAGUCCGUCCUCUAAGAACCCCGCUGAAACAGACUAAAAGAGAGACACACAGGGUCAGACUGAGACUGCUGAGAUACACAAUCUGUGUUUAUAGCCAAGAUUGUAAAAGUCUGCCUUCUGUGGGAGAAUGUCGGAAAAUGCCAAAGCGAUGAAACAUAUCAGAUAGAGACGUGAAUGUGAUCCUGAAGAACUAUGCAUUAGAUUGUUCAAUUAGAGAAAACUUGAAGUUUCAAAUGAAAAUGGUUUCUCCAUUUUCAUUUGCACAUUUCAUUUGCACAUUUUGUAUUUGGAGAUGAGACAAGGGAACGAAGGCAUGCUGCGCUUACUAUAAACGCAGUGUGAAAGCUGCUCAUUCAGUCUUUAGCCAGUGUCUCCACCAAAACCAACACUUUCAGAUGGCAUUCUUAAGGGAAAGGUGAACUUAUUCUUUACAAUCCGUCUUCAACACUACCAUAUGUUUUUAGAUGUAGGAAUAUGGCAUAAAAAGAACAUGUUGGAUUAUAGAAGAAAUAUAUGGGAAUUUAACUUGAUUUAGCCUCAAUCAGUAUCUCUGCUUUGCGUAAGAGCAAACCCAACUGGUCUGCUAAAGAUGUCUCCUUAACCCUGCCAUCUUUAUUGUCUCCAGCAUCCCAUUAGACAGGGGUCUUAGAGCAUAGCAAAAUUGUAAAUACUGGGGGUAAUCUGUUGAUAGUAAUCUAAAGGGACAGGAGCUAUCUCUUCAGAGGAAUGUUCUGAGAGAUUUAGUGUUAGUCAUGAAGCUCUGGGAUCAGCUGUGAAGGUGCCCAGACACUUCACGGGAAGCGGCUUUAAAAGUACAAUGAUUUUACAUUCAGACAUGCAGCUCGGUCCCCCCAGGCUGGAUCAAGUCUCAUCUUUUGUACAACUGACUCAACCCAAGGUAGGAUUACCAACCUGGCAAGGCAGGGCCACAGACCCCAAUCCAGGUUUACCAUGUUGCAUUAAGAUUGUGGUUAUACUGUAUGCACCACUAAAGCACAGUAUGAACUGAAGUGAUAGCCACCUUAGGGAUUACUGGGGUCCCAUUGUGUGUAGGGGAUCCGAGGUGAAAUCCACAUUUAAGGCAUUUAUUAUUGAAGUUUAUAUUGUGCUGACAUGGUGUAUAUCCCUAAAAAAGUGCUUAAUUAAAUGACCACAAACUAAUUAAGUAGUACAAACAAAAUAUUCAUGCAGAGAGGCUGUUUGUAAUUGAACCGUGUGUCUGAGAAACCUCGACAGGGUUCAACAACAACGGCAACGUUAUUAUUACAGUGAUAACUUUAAAGGAAUAGUUUGACUUUCUAGGACACACGCUUAUUCACAAUUAGACAAUCGACCCCACUCUCAUAUCUACCCCCUUAAAUGACAGCCAGUUAGCUUAGCACUAAGAGUGGAAACUGCUAGGCUAUUAUAUUAGACUUCCAGCACCUCUAAAGCUCACUAAUUAACACUAAAAUUGUAUAAUCCAUAGAAAAUAAUUAACAUAAAAGCCACAAAUUGUGGUAUUAUGGAGGGAUUAUGUGUCCGACUUCCUGGAGUCUUGUAAGCAUGUUUCCCAAAAUGUCAAAUUAUUCCUCUAAACUCUUAGCCAGCACAAGUACAACCUAAAUAUUGAUUCAUAAGGAACAUAUUAACAUUGUGUUUGUGUACAUGUCUAAUAAUUGAAUAUAGUAUUGACAUUAAGCAGUAUUUCUUUUAAAACAACCAGUGGCGACACAUGUUUUUUAAAAGUUGAUAUUUUUUCUAUGUAAUUUGGUCCAGUAUUUUCCGUAUAUACUUUGAUUGUGCAACAUAAAGUUACUUGGUCGGGCCUCUGGUUAAAGUGUAAAGAAGCUCAUAUGCUUCCUAGUAUAGACAAGAAAAUGAAGUUUGCCCAGUAGCCGACGCGGUCCGGGUCAUACAGUCACUGUGUCAGCAACUAGAGAUGGGACGAUAUUAUCGCGUGUCGCGUAUAAUUGUGAAUAUAGACACAAGUGACUUGAAAAAGCUGUCUAGCUCACUAAUGUACAGUCCGAUAUUGAUUUCUUGAUUUAUUUUGAAUUGCCACAAGGGGGAGCUCACAUCUUUCCGCCCAUUAUAAGGCUCGGUUUCCCAGAUGUGUGGAAAUACUAUGGAUUCCAAAUUAAGAACGACUGGGAGAUGAGGUUUCUUAUUUGUGAUGCGAUAUAAGUAUAAGUAGAUUAUAAGUAAUUCCAGUAUGUUUUAGUGCCAUUUAAAAAAAUUUAAUUACAUUUUGAUGAUUAUCGGGAUAAUAUCAGGAAUUAUUUUGCCCAGGAUAAUCGUGACAUUUUCAUAUCGUCCCAUGCCUAUCAACAACCUGCUUGGAUGAAUGACCUCUCAAAAGGACCAAAAAAUAAAUAAAAUACUGGUGCAUAUGGAGUUCUUCACCACACACAUUUACCUACAGUAUCUAGUCUCCGCUAUUUGAAAUGGAACUGAGGACACGAGUUUGACUGAUCAUUGACUAUGUGACCGUUAGUCGAGUUCAGUCAGGCUAAUAAUUAACUGUGUACCCAGUUCACUGACCUUCAGUAGGAAGGUGUUUGUUUUAUGUUUUCAUAUUGUAUUUAUUUUGUUGUUUUUGUGGAGAAUGUCGUGCUGUAAUUGACGGGCGUUUGCCCAGAUCCUUGAUUUAAUUUACUGACGACCAAAAUGUGCUGAAAUGAAAAAUGGCUGAAAGUGAAUUCACCCUGUUUUCUUGCUGUCAUAUACGUCUCCCUGAAACCUACAGGUAGUGUCAGCAAACCAUCUGUUAGGAAGUGACUCAUCAAUCCGUCACUGUUGGAAAACUCAGAGACCUUUUGGAUAAAACAUUGAGUUCCUGUGGGUCAAUGAUGUUUCCUCUGCAGACCUGUGACACUGUCUACCUCAGAUGUUGUAAAAGUGUAGAGCUCUUCCCAUCCCUGGUCCUCCUCAGAGCAGUGUGACUACAGAAAAUAAAAUGAUCUAGCUGUCCAAGCUUUGCUCUUUAAUGAAGUGCUUGCUGCUCACAACCAGAAAUGCCUUAACGUUGACAGCGUUUACAACUCUUUUCCUCUCUGAAUAUAUAUUUUUUAAAGACGUGCAUGGCUGUUUAUAGCAGUUUAUUUCAAGACUGUUUUUAUCUUUCCCGUUGUAGUGCUAGUAACCAAUGACAGCCUGAGGAAUUUCAUGCCAAAGAAAUGAAUUUGUACCUCUGAAUUCUGAUUGUAAACCUCUUUGCCAUACACACAUUUACAUGUUUUGUUAUGAUUAAUCAUCAUUUUUAUUUACUAAUGUAUAUCAUACUGCUUCUUAGAAUGAUCUGUAGCAUCCAAAGAGACAUUUUGAAAAAGUAAAAAAAAAUUGCAUGAUUUAUUUCUUUUCAGUAAUGACUUUAGACCAAAUCUUUGACACAAAUUGUCUUAUUAAAUAGCUUUUUCCUAUUUCCUAUGCCAGCUGCUGGCAAACAGGAGUUUUAUUGCAUUUUAUUGCUAAUUUGCUGUUAUUAUUUUGGCUCGCCCUCAUCUAAUCCAACUGGCUUUAUCAGAAUAUCCGUAUGUGUGCAUUUUGUUUUCGCUGCAAGUACAGAUAAAGAUUUACUUCGUUAAAGCUUUGCAUCUUUGCUACUUUCAUCCCUUUUAUACAUCAUUUAUGUCUUAAUUUCUCUUCACUUGUUGCUUAGUUUUGUUUGUCUAUUCUCAUGAGUUAAACAAAAUGUUUUCUACUAAAAUAUGACUUCUCCUGUGUGCUGCAGGAUGUGUGGUGAACUACAGUAUAUGCAAUGUAAUAUUAUGUAAAGACAAUCAGAUUUCGACAUUUUCAAGACAGUAAAAAAAGAAAGAUGUUAAAAUUU